UGAAAAAUAUUGCAUGAAACCCUCUCUCUCUCUCCCUCUCUGUCUGUCUUUCUCUUCUUCUCCGCGCGUCCUUGGAGGAGCGCCGCCACAACCACUGUGCUGCCGCUGCUGCCCUUUCCCUCUGUCCAAGUCCUGGCAGUGCACCAGCAGUCCACCGCUUCGCCCUUCUGGUCUGCCCAUCGCAACUCCGCAUCAGCCACAAAGCUCUCUGGUUUGUGAGGAGAUCACAUGGCCUCCACAACAACUUGAUUCCGAAACAACUUAACUGAUCGUGGAAAUUGGAACAGCACAAAGCGAGACAAGGCAUGGCUUUCCCUGGUUUUGGUUUUCCUUUUUUUCAUCCUUGAAGACAAGAUUGCUUUUCAUCCUUGAAGACAAGAGAUGGCUGCUCAACCAGAUAAGGUUGAGUUCGCCAUUAUGAUUGUGCCGCUUAUGCAGUAAAAGAAAGGAGAACAAAAACUGUGCGUAGAAGAAGACCCAACCAUGGCCGAUGCAGUAGUUGGUCUAGUGCUGGACAAGUUGACAGCCCUUAUAUCCGAUCAGGUUGGAGUCUUUUACAGUGCCAAGAAAGAGCUGGAGAACUUAAAAAGCGAGAUGAUAGCAAUCAGAUCAACAAUGAAAGUUGCAGAUGGUCUGCCAUAUUUCAUGGUUGAAGGACUGAAGGAUUGGUUGCAGAAACUCAAGGAUGUUGCAUAUGAUGCCGAGGACAUUAUUGACAAGUAUCAAGCUAAAAUCAACCAAAACAAGCAGGUAUGCAGCCCCUUUGUUAAUUACUUCCCAUCUUCAUGUGAUAAUCACAUACGUCUCCGCUAUAAACUUGGGAAAGACAUUAAAGCCAUCAAUGAGACACUUGCUCAAAUUUCCAAAGAGAAAGACCGAUACCACAAUAUUCUUCAUGAAUUUGCUACAAGAUCUCUACAAAUAACUAAUGAUCGAGCAACCAGCUGUUUCAUAGAUAAAAAAGACAUCAUUGGCAGAGAAAAUGAUCAAACAACUCUCAUCCAGAAGCUGGUUGGUGAGGAUACAACAACCUGUGGAGGGGGAUGUAAUGUUUCAAUCAUCUCCAUCGUUGGUAUUGGUGGUGUUGGCAAAACAACUCUUGCCCAAAUGAUUUUCGAUAAUGAUCAAGUAAAGAAACAUUUUGGAGAAUCUAUGUGGUGGGUUUCCAUUUUGCAACGGCCAAAUGCUAUAGAUGUCACUAAAAGGAUAGUUGAACAAAUUAAGAAGGACGAGGUCAAUGUCUCUGAGUUGAACACGUUGAUUCAAUUGGUCCAUUCAACAACUUCAAAGAACAAAUUUCUGCUGGUCUUAGAUGAUGUGUGGGACCUAGAUUGGUGGGAGCGGUUGGAGCAUGUCCUAGUUAAGAAGGGUGCACCUGGAAGCAGGAUUAUAAUGACAAGUAGGAAGGAACAUAUUUCGAAGGGGAUUGGAGCAGCAUACAUGCUUGAAUUGGAAAGCUUUACGCAUGAGAAAAGCUGGGAAUUGUUCUUGCGUGAAGCAUUGAUCACAGAGGAUGAGUUGAAGAGGCUAAAUUUAGAAGAAAUUGGAAGAAACAUAGUGAGUAAAUGUGGAGGUCUCCCACUUGUGAUUCAAACUGUUGGGAAGGUAAUGCAGUCAAAGGAAAGGAGAAGAGAAGAUUGGGAAUUCAUCGCUAACAGCAAGAUUUGGGAUUUGAAGAUACCUUCAACAACUUCUGACUCUAGUUUGCUUCCGGGGCUCGUAUUAAGCUAUGAUGAUUUAUCUCCAAUUUUAAAACAUUAUUUCACGUACUUCAGUUUGUACCAAAAGGGUGUUCCCUUAUACAAGCUAGAUUUUAUAAUGAAUUUAAUGGCUCAUGGGCUUGUUGAGAAUGCUAAUGAAAGAAAUAUGGAAGUUGCUGCAAACCAUCAUAUAGAUGAUAUGGUUGGUCGUCGUUUAUUUCAGCUAACAAAUCCAGAUGGCUUAUCUCUUCAAAUGCAUGACACUGUUCAUGAUUUAGCCACACACGUUGCUGGAAAAGAAUAUGCACACAAUUAUGUCAACGAGAAUACACGCCAUCUAGCAAUAAGGAAGCAUCUUAGUUCUCUUGAUGAAAUUGGAUUGCAAAGGAAUCAUGUACUACGGACCUUUCUUUGUCUCAAACCAUUGUCUGAGAAUCCACUUGACAAGUACAUAAAUAAUCUUAAAAUGUUGAGGGUACUGGACUUGACUGGAGGAAGUUUCACUAAAAUACCUGACUCUAUAGGUGAUCUUCUUCUUUUGAAACAUCUCGACCUAAGGGACACAACAAUAAAGCAGUUGCCUGCUUCAAUUGGCAAACUCCAGAAUUUGCUAUCAUUGCUUUUAGAUGGCAGUGAGAUACAAGAGCUGCCCAAGGAGAUAGGUCAGUUGUGCAACUUGAGACACCUGGGAUUGGAAAAUACGCAUCAGCUUGAGUUUGUAGCUGAAGGUUUGGGUAAAGUUACUUGUUUACGUACCCUGAGCAGAUUUAUUAUAUGUCAUGCAAAUAAAGCUACUGUUGGCUGCAACGUAAAAGAGUUGAAGAAUUUGAUCAAUUUGAAGGGCGAGUUAACUAUUGAAAACUUGGAGAGGGUAACACUAAUCAAUGAUGCAAGUGAAGCUCUGCUGCAAGAAAAGAAAGACAUUGAAAGUUUAAAUCUUUCAUUUGGAAAGAUUAUUAUCGGUGAAGAAACAUCAGAGGAAGAAAAAAAGAAAAUUGCAGAAGACCAAGAGCAACUACUUCAAGAACUACAGCUGCCACCUAAUCUAAAGUCUCUAUCCUUGACAAGGUACUGUGGAAAGAAGCUUCCUAUCGAUUGGCUUGAUGGCUGUGUACACCUAGAAACAAUUAAAUUUCAGUCUUGCUCAUGGAUUGAAAAAUUGCCUAGUUUUACUAUGUUCAAGUGCUUGCAUCUUCAUGAUUGUCACCAUCUAAAAACGUUGGCUGCAAGCCCAUGCUUGGAGGAAUUUGUAAUAGAUGGAUGUGCAAGCUUCACGCAGCUACCAUUUUGCCCCAAACUAGAGAGUGUUGAAAUGAGCAAUUUAGAUAAUUGGGAAGGAUUUGAAAAAGGAGCUGAGAAAUAUUGCAUAAAAACAUUAAAAAUAAGCAACUGUUUAAAGGUGAAGAGCAUGCCUCACCUUCCCAGUCUGCAAAGGCUGGAGAUCAAUUUCUGUGAUGAAUUGAGUGCUCUCCUAGAAAAAGAAGAAGCAGAGUUUGAACUGAACAUGCCUGCACUGACAGAGCUGGAAAUUCGUGGGUGUCCUGCACUGGUGGAAUUGCCUGACAUGCCUAUCUUGACGUCGCUGACAAUGGUGGAAUGUCAUAGACUGAAACAACUAACUUUCAUGGGCAAAUUGGAGAAAUUAAAAGUUCGUGGUUGUGAAAAUUGGGAAGGAUGGUCACUCGAAAGAAAGGAAAAUGCAACGUUGCCAUUUAUGCAUGAACUAGAUAUAUAUUUGUGUCCGAAACUGAGGGCAUUGCCUUCUUUUCCUGCUUUAACGGACAUGAAAAUUCAUAGUUGUGAGGAGUUGCGUGCUCUCUGGAGGGAAGAUGAUCAACCCAUUGGGCUUGAAGUUAUUUCCAUGCAUCGUUGUCCAAAUGUGAGUUUUCAAGUUGACUGGUUGCUCCCACUUACCAAGAUUCGAGAUCUGAUGAUGGAUGGGCCCUUAUGUUGUUUACAUGUUACAACUUCUCAUAUUGAAGCUCUUCAACGUCUUAGAGCACUAGGAUUCAUCUGUUUGCCCAGUCAAACUCUGUUGCCUGAAUGGUUGUGGCGUCUCUCGAGCCUUGAAAUAUUGAUAUUAGGUUUUUCUGGGGCAACAAGCAGCUUGCAAGGACCAUGGGAGAAACUGAAGCAACUCGAGUUUCUUACUAUAUGCAACCUUGAGGUCAUUACACUAGAUGGACUCUUCAAGCAUUCACCACAUUCAAGAGAUCAGCCAACUGAGGAACAAUGUUCUCCUUCCGAGCGGACACACCUCUCUGUUCCUCCGAAACUGGAAUGGUUGUCAUUUAUAGGCUGUUCCAACCUAAAAUUGCUGCCAGACGGGCUCCAACACCUUAUCCACCUGAAAGUCCUUGCACUAAAUGAUUUGCCAGAGUUGGCUUCAUUGCCACAAUGCCUGACUCGCCUCCCCAAGCUGGAAGGGUUGGAAAUUAGAAAUUGCCCAACACUGCCAGACGGGCUCCAACACCUUGUCCACCUGAAAGCCCUUAGACUAAUUGCUUUGCCAGAGUUGGCUUCAUUGCCACAAUGCCUGACUACCCUCCCCAAGCUUGAGGAGUUGCUAAUUGUAGAUUGCCCCAAACUGGCAUUCCUACCAGCAGGAUUGGAAGUCCGCUUGGGAAAUGGGUUAGAGGUUUCGGGUAAUUGUCCACUACUAUUAGGAGGAGCCACAUGAGGAAGCAGGAGCAAAAAUAUUCAUCAAGGGCCUACAUAUGGGAGGUACGUCUCAUCACCACCCUUUUCUCUUUUUUAUAAGUUCAAUGGUACACAGGAGCCGUCGUGAGGAUGGGAAUAGCUAAACUGCUUAAAUGUGGACAAGCUUUCAACAUUCUUGGUAAAAGAAAAAAAAGAUGGUUGCUGUAUGAGAUUUAAUUGAACAUCUGUUGUUUAAGUGAAACGCAACUUCCUGUAUGUUUCCCCAAAAAAAAAAAAGCCUCCAAAUAUUUCAUUAAUUCUUAAAGGAGGACCCCAUGAAGGUUGCCGUGUCUAUGCUUCCAGUUGUUGAAAAUAUUUGAACACACUUGAGCAAUUGAAGAUUAAAAGUAUCUAAAAACUUAAUUUGCGUAUAGUUAAAAAGUAGAAAUAGACUUAUUAAUUUUUAAAUAUAAUUAGAUGUGCAAGAUCGUGAAGAGGUGCAUAAAAAGUAAUAAAAAUGAGGAGCAACAUUUUUCUACCUACUCAUUUUAACUUUUCAACUCAGUUAUAGUUGACAGACCAAAAAGUUUUUUUUUUUUUGUCGUUAUAAUGUGUCACCCAAACGCCCACUAUGGUUGUGACUCGUUAAGCUGUCAGUUAGUUGUUUAGCUUUCAAUAGGGUAUAAAUUCAACACCGAUGUUUUAGCAUAUAUAUAUAUAUAUAUAUAUAUGUAUAUAUAUAUAUAUAUAUUAAAAAAAGUUUUAAUUGUGGUGACACUUUUUCCUUUGUUUGAGCAAAAAUUACACCUAAAUGGUAAACGUGUUUUGCGUAUUCUGGCUAGCAAUUAAUUAUCUGACAUUUUUUUUUCAACUAUUCCGUGUACAUGUUCAUGCUUUUAUCCCUAGAAUGAAGUCUUGUUGAUUUUACUAGAUGCCAAGUGUUUCCAACCUGCCUUGAAAACCAUGUGUUGCAUUUACUGUUUGUUUCCAUUAAAUAUGGACAAGCUCCGUGUGAUUUACUUGAAAAAAUGUCUAAAGGUACUGCUCCGUGUAUGUGUGCCCGAAAAAAUAAAUCCAAAUAUUUAGUUAAUUCUGAACGUGGACCCUGGACUAAUAUUGCAGAAUUUGCCAUGUAUCUUCAGCUUACUCAAUAUUAAGUUGGUCAUGGAGAACAAGUAUGAGGGAAAAAGGAAGUACUUCUAUGGGUUAUUCUUGGCAUCUCUUUCUUCUUCUUCUUCUUCUUCUUUGACUGUACUCCUUUUUUGGGAUAAUAUCUAUGUAACUGUUCUUGCUGUCCUUAUGAAUAAAAAUGUCUUCUUUAAUUUGUUUUACAGGUUUUCUGCUCGUCAUCUUAGCAUCACCUCUUCUCAAAUCUGCUGCACAUGAUCAUGUGCUUGUACACUUCCAUGUUUAGUUGUGUGUUUUUUUAUCCUUGUUAAUUUGUUCGUAGUAAACCGCCAUUAUAGCUUAUAUGGGAGAUUACUUUGAUUAAUAAGUUUAUGAAGGUUUGUCGCUGGAGGGUUGGAAUAACAAUAUCUGCAACUGCCCUUGGGUACAUGGUUUUCACUAAAAAAGGUGUAAGAGCAAAGAGUUUGAUUAAUGAGAGCUGUCAUCUACCUAAUUCUCAAAUGAUUGGAUGACACCAUGACUUAAAUCCAACCUUUGUAGCCAAUUGCCGAUAGCUCAAAUUGGGCCUUUCAAAGGUGAUAUUCAACAAUUUUAUCACCGACCUUCUCAUUGUUGGCUAUGUAGACAGGUAUAUUAUGUGUGGUAAUGAUUUGAUAAAAUAAACAUUUUUUUAUUUCAUUUAGCUAUGCUGGGAUGCUAAUCAUCUAAUAGGAUGGCUUUGUAUUGUCAAUGAACUUAUGUUCAAAAGUUGUAUGUCCUUAUUAAUGAUGUUGAUAUACUUAA